GGACAGGGAAGAUGUCCUUCUUCUUCCCCCAACCACUUCUCUCCAACUGGUAUUAUUAUCUUUUGUGAGUGAUUGUCUCUCACGUUCAGCCUCAAUUUCGACUAUUGCAUCUUGCGAGUGUGCGAAUUGAACUAGGUCAACUGCGCAAGAAUCAGUCAUUGUGUGGACAAUCAGGCAUUGGUCAAUAUCCUCUAGUUUAAUAAUAUCUCUCAAACAACCGAGACAACUUCCGUGUACACAAUGGCUCUUCACAAUCCCAACAACUGGCACUGGGUUAAUAAGGAUGUUGCCCCUUGGACAAAGACAUAUCUUCAGGAUACCCUGUCCAAGAUCUCCGCCGAAGAAGAUGGAGUUUCCGCCAAGGUUGAGAAAGUGCUCAGUAUGGAUGGCGACGUAGAUGUCAGCCAACGUAAAGGAAAGGUUAUUACUCUUUAUGAUGUGAAAUUGCAGCUAGAAUACGAAGGUAAAACUAAGGAUGAUGAGACCGUGACCGGCACAAUCACCAUUCCCGAAGUCGCUCAUGAUACCGAAGAGGAUGAGUUUGUCUUCGAAAUCAGCGUCUACUCAGAGUCGUCAUCAAAGCAGCCCGUAAAGGAUCUGGUUCGGUCCAAGAUUGUCCCUCAAAUUCGCACGGCGCUUGCAAAACUUCCCAAGGUCCUAGUGGAGGAACACGGCAAAGAUAUUCAGCACGCCCCCGGUUCAAACCCAUCCAGCGGAUUUGCUACCCCGACAUAUCACUCACACAAAUCACCCAGUCCAGCGGCUGGCACUCCCAAGACAACCACCACAUCCACAGGCAAAGUCGCCGUCAACACGACCACCGUCACAGCCUCGGACGAAUUCCGAACCACAGCGGAAGAAAUGUACACCACAUUCACUGACCCUCAACGCAUUGCAGCAUUCACGCGAGGACCUCCACGUCAAUUCGAAGGUGCCAAAAUCGGCGGCAAAUUCGCCAUCUUUGACGGCAACGUGACCGGUGAAUACAUUACGCUGGAACCAUCGAAGCGAGUGGUCCAGAAAUGGCGCUUGGCUCAAUGGCCCGAGGGUCAUUUCAGUACACAGGAAAUCGUCUUUGAUCAGAACGAUGUGGACCGUGUGACCGUUAUGCGCGUUACCUGGACCGGUGUGCCGAUUGGUCAGGAGGAGGUUGUUCAGCGCAAUUGGGAAGGAUAUUAUGUUCGCAGUAUUAAGCAGACCUUCGGGUUUGGCACGAUACUCUGAUCAGAUUCUCAAAUUUUUCCAGUCCUAGUUCAGAAAAAUCUAUCUAUCAUCAGUCGUCAGCAUUCAUUUCUUGCAACAGAUGGAAACUCGAGGUCGUCCCUUGUGAGCAUGAACUUGGAGGAUGAGUGUUGACGGGGCUGAUUAUAUAGUUUAUGUGGCUUAUGAGCAAAUGAUAAAUGAAAUAGAAAUAAACAUCAUAUCAAUCUC